CAGGAAUCAAAAGUCUUUUGUUGUUGGACGGCAAUCCGGAGCAUUGGGAACACUGCAUUGAGUUCUAUAAAUUACACUCACUCUGCUAUCCAAAAUUGUUCAGAGGGAGAUAAGAUAUAGCCCUCUGCAAGUACAGAGACUGCUGAAAGUGGUAUGGUUGAGGAAAGGAAAAAAAUGUAAGUGGAAGUUGGGUGCAAUCCGCGUAGUAUCGAAGGACAAAGCUAGACCUAAUCUCAUUUAUUCUGUCACUAACCAUCAUAAACAUAAUACAAUUUUAAUGCUGAGCGGUAAGGAAUGAUGGGUGCCAAUGUCCACGGACGAUUAAUGCAGGUACCUGCAUCAGCCGAAACUACAACACGGGAACUCGCUGGUGCGGAAACAUGGCAUUAAAGAGGUCGUUGAGAGCGCCACAAACGGGUGAGAAACUAUCGAAAUAUAUAUUUAGCAGACGUUAUAUGCCACAUGCCUACUGAGAUGCGCAGGUAGUAUUCUCAAACGGGUCGAACUGGAAUUACAACAGUAAUUGGAAAACAGCAUGAUAUUGGCAAAGCGGCACAGCGCAUGUAAAGCCCAGAUUGGGUAUUGGGAAGUUUCUUGGUAUUGAAUCUGUACCGGCAUACCAGACAUUGUAUCCAUGGCUUCGCAUGGCAAAGGACAUAUUAUUUCGCUCGCCGCUCUCGAGCUUAGGAGUCUUUGCAUCAAGUUCUUUUUACUUGUAUCUCAUUCUACAGAGCUGCCUAGAAAUGUUUUCUCUCGGGUUCGCAGUCGCAGCGGCUCUCAUGGUCCUGCCAUCAGUACAUUGUUCUUCGAACGCCAAUCUUUGGGUCUCCGAAUGGAAAAACUCUACUUUACAGCAUUCACAAGGUGGUAAUGCACUGUGCCUUUCUGGGAAGGUCCCUGUCCCCGUCAUAGCUACAACGACAAAUCUUCUACUACCCGAACUUGCUAGUCAAACAGAUAUAACACAAAUCUUCCAGGAAUUGCUCCAGAGUCAUUCGAAUAUUGUUAAUACGACUUAUGGAGGGACCUCCCACAUCAAUUCGACAUUUCAGGUGGACGUAACAUAUUGUGUACCUUCCUAUGAGGAGAAAAAUUUCUCUGUAAUGACAAAUGCCUCCGCAAAGACUAUACAGAUUUUGACUCAUGGUAUGGGCCUGGAUAAGAGUUAUUGGGACAUAUUACCAGGUUAUAGCUACGUGGAUGCUGCUGCCGCUGCUGGAUAUGCCACUCUUAGCUAUAAUCGUUUAGGUGUUGGAGGUUCUGACCAUCCUGAUCCGCUCCAGGUCGUUCAGGCGUCAGUAGAUGUCGAAAUACAACAUGGUCUCACAUUAUUGGUUCGACAAGGCUAUUUCAAUAGGAGUUUUGAGAAUGUAAUCGGGGUCGGUCAUUCAUAUGGCUCAAUUAUUCAGUUAGCCCAGAAUGCGAAAUACCCUAGUGAUGUUGAUGGCACAGUAUUGACGGGGUUUGUUAAUGAUGUGGCAUCUUUAAGCUAUACUAUUGCUGCCAACAAUCCUGCUGUCGCAGCUAUCAAUAAUUCAACGUUAUGGGGCGACUUGCCAUAUGGCUAUGUAGUCCACGAUACCGCCAUUUCCAUACAGCUCCCAUUUUUUCGGGUACCUUACUUUCCAGAGAGCAGUAAGUGUUACCCGGAUUUUUCUUUAGAAUCAUUGCUAACCAAUAAUUGUAGCAUUCAAGCACGAAGUAGCCCAAAAGCAGACCUAUACUAUCGGUCAACAAUUUACGCUGCCUGCUAUCUACUCACCUGCACCAAAAUUCAAAGGGCCGGUUGAUAUAGUCAUUGGAAAGUACGACUUUCCAUUCUGCCAAGGAAGGUGCGAUCAUCCUGUCGAUCUAGCCGCAGCGACCAUACCAGUCCUGUACCCAGCGGCAGAUUCCAAGUCGGAAAGUUUUGUUGUGCCGGACUCCGGCCAUUUCAUUAACGCACAUUACAACGCUCAUGCUCAGUUCGAUCAAAUCAAUGACUUUCUUGACAGAAACGGGUUUUGAGCAGACCGUGUCCCUUAUUAGCUUGGCACUUGCACAUAGAUUUAACCUUGUUAUCGGGGGUAUCAUAAAACCGAUAUAUCCGGAAAUUGGUUCGAAUCAAAUAUCAAUCUAUCCAAUCACUAAAAUUGUUGUGUAAGGUGCCAGGAUACCUCAAAGCUCCUUAGUAAAAUAAUGAUUGUAUAAGUCCAAGUUGCAUCAUAAAUUGCACUUUCCUAUGGUAUCCUUGGCAUUCAAUAUUAUAGCUGCAGCUUCAAGGGGUGUCAAUGGGGCGGCAACCUUCGGUAAAGUAUCCGGAUGGCUUAUGAUAUUUGAUAUUGGACAAAACG